GCGGAGCCUAGGGCCGCCCGGCCCGCCCCUCCCCCUGCCGGGCCCGCCCCUCCCGCGAGUCGCCCCUCCCGCCGCGGCGAAGAAGGAGGGCGGGGCGGUGCCCCUCGGGUCAGUCUGCCUCCGGCACCGGCCGCGCAGCUGGGAGCGGCGGAGCGGAAGCCCCAGCCAUGGCUGCCAUCCGAAAGAAGCUAGUGAUUGUGGGGGAUGGGGCCUGUGGGAAGACCUGUCUCCUCAUCGUCUUCAGCAAGGAUCAGUUCCCAGAGGUCUACGUCCCCACCGUCUUUGAGAAUUACAUCGCAGACAUCGAGGUGGACGGCAAGCAGGUGGAGCUGGCCCUGUGGGACACAGCAGGGCAGGAAGACUAUGAUCGCCUGCGGCCUCUCUCCUACCCGGACACUGACGUCAUCCUCAUGUGCUUCUCCAUUGACAGCCCCGACAGUCUGGAAAACAUCCCUGAGAAGUGGACCCCGGAAGUGAAGCACUUCUGCCCCAAUGUGCCCAUCAUCCUAGUGGGAAAUAAGAAGGACCUGAGGCAAGAUGAGCACACACGGAGGGAGCUGGCCAAGAUGAAGCAGGAGCCUGUUCGAUCUGAGGAGGGCCGGGACAUGGCAAACCGGAUCAGUGCCUUUGGCUACCUUGAGUGCUCAGCCAAGACCAAGGAGGGGGUGCGGGAGGUGUUUGAGAUGGCCACUCGGGCUGGCCUCCAGGUCCGCAAGAAUAAGCGCCGGAGAGGCUGCCCCAUUCUCUGAGCUCCCCACAGCUUCCCCUGCCUCCCUGCCUCCCUUCACAGGGCGCAGAAGCUCCCCUCCCUACUAGGGAUCCCUGCCCAAGGCUCCCUUUCCCAGUUCCCUCCUGCCCAGGACUGCAUCGUUCCCCAGCCCUGAGGGUGGUGGCCAGCGGUGGCCAGCGGCCCUGGGAACCUAGGGCUGUGUCCCGCCUGUCCAGAGCCGUCCCUGCUCCUGUUGCCUUGGUCCAGGGGUGGGGCCUUUGCUCCCUUUGGCCUUCCCCAGAGGAUCAUCACACCAGCACUUUAUACACGUCUGGCUCACAGGAGAGAAGCUGGGGUAGGGGACCUGGAGGGUGUAACCCGGAGUCCUGGUCCCUGGUGUUUCUGCUUUGGGCAGAGGCCUUGGCUCUUGGCUAUACUUGGUGGGGGGCAUGAAUAAAGGCCACAGGCUCCAA